GUAGGCGGUCGAGAUGGCGGAGGGAGAGGAGUACGAGUCGGUGCUCUGCGUCAAGCCGGAGGUUCACGUCUACCGAGUGCCCCCCCGCGCCUCUAACCGGGGCUACAGCCCUGAGCAGCGGCGCUGUCUUCUCUCCCUGGUGCUAGAGCUGCGGAGUGGCAGCUGGACCAGCCAGCCUGGAGCGGGCGGAUGCGCAUAACGGCCAAAGGGAAUGUGGCCUACAUCAAGUUGGAGGACAAGAACUCAGGAGAACUUUUUGCCCAGGCUCCUGUGGACCAGUUCCCCAGCAUUACUGUGGAGAGUGUGACGGACUCCAGCCGUUAUUUUGUCAUUCGCAUUGAGGACGGGAACGGGCGCCGGGCCUUCAUUGGAGUCGGCUUUGUUGACCGAGGUGAUGCCUUCGACUUCAACGUCGCUCUGCAGGACCAUUUCAAGUGGGUCAAACAGCAGAGUGAGUUGGCCAAGCAGGCCCUGAAUCCAGACCAGGGCCCCAAACUGGACCUGGGCUUCAAGGAAGGGCAGACAAUCAAGCUUAACAUUGCGAACGUGAAGAAGAAGGAUGGCUCCUCCUCGGCGAGCAGGCCCCGAGCAACAGGCUCUGGGGGCCCCAGCCUCAUCCCGCCCCCUCCUGGAGGAAAGGCCUCCCUGACUGGGGAGCAACUUUCGUCUGCUGCUGAGGAAGACGUCUCCAUCCCGUGGCCGCCUCCGCAGGCUUCGAAUUCUGCAGCAGAAGCAGCUGCGGACAUCUGGGGAGACUUCACCAAAGCUUCUGGGUCUGCCUCCGGUCAGGCUCAGCAGAGCUCCACCAGCUGGGUCCAGUUCUGAGCCCGAGCAUCUUGUGCUUCUCUGGUCUGGGGUGAAGGCCACGGAAGGACCCUUGUGGACCAAAGAGGAAGCCACUUUGCCCUCGUGGUGCAUCAUGAAAUCCCAGUUCUGGAUGUGUUUGGAUGUUUGCUUGGGGCAUUUUAUGGGCUAGGGAAGGUGGGGGGGGGGUCAGCUGGGGCUGUGCAGAUCCUCUUCUCCCUCCCCCACCUCCAUCUACCCCCUCAGCACUUGGGGUCCCUGAAAGGGGAGGGAGUUUUUUUUCUGGGUUCAGAUCACAGCUUAAGAACCUGGAAGCCUGGAGGGGGAAAGAGGGAGACAGCUGGACCUGCCCAGAAAGAGAGAGGCUCCUUCCUCUCGCCUUUUUUCCCUGUCUUGUGUGGUGUCUUAACAGUAUUUCUUUGAUAUGCUUGCCUCGCCUCACCCCCUUUCUAGCUUGGAGGGAUUUUGUGGCGCAGCUGCCCCAGGAAACACACUCUGCACGUGGGCAAAGGCGGCUUCCCUCGCAGGAGCGCCCUCCCUCCGCAGCCCACCCUUGCAAACUUGAAAUGGGCUUACCUGUCGCACAUCUCCCUCUCGGAAUUUCCAGGGUGCCUUCCACACCGGAAGGACACUGGGCCCCGAUUCUGUCACGUUGCUCUGCCUCUGGUGGUUGUGGUGGAGGUAGCAGCGCUGGGAGUGAGAGAAGAGUUGUCAGCUUGCUGCAGAGGCGGCAAAGAAUGACGCCACGUCGAUGUCCUUUGAGGGCGGGGGUCCCUGGCUCUGCUUUGCCUUGUGAAGUGCCUUCUCUUUUUCCUUCUCCCUCCUCUGCUAAAACUGGCCUUUUGGGCAGCAAGAGCAGUGGAACUCCUCACAUUCCAUAUUUGUGUGACUUUUAACGUGCACACACACAACAAAUUACCCUUUUACUUUCAGAGAGACCCUGGGUUUUUCUCCUUUCCCAGUGGUUGCCUGUGGUGCCUCAGUUAUUGUGAAGGACAAAA